UUUAAUCUAAAUCAAAAGUUCAAUAACCCAACAAAAGAUUAAUAUUUAAACUAUAAACUACAAAACAAACUAAACAUUUUAAUAAGAAGAUAAGCUGGAAAAUGCUGAUUUAGCGCAACUUUUCAUUUUGCAACUAAUCAUUAAUUAUUUCUAUAAAAAGCCCAACAAUUUCCAUAAACCAUAUGUAGUAACAUUUCUACGUUGAAUAGAAAGUCAUUUACUAAAAAUGAAAUUAUUCGUUAUUUUAAUUUUGGCUCUUGCGGCUCAGGGCUAUGCCAACUAUUUGGAUUCGUCGGAAGAAUCUACUUCUCAUCAUCGUCAUUAUCAAUGGCAAUCUUCAGUGGCCUCUUUGCCCGGUGCCAGUUCGUUUAAAACUAAAGUUACACAUCGUAUAAAGAAUUCUGAUGUUUUGUCGGAUAUGGCUGACUUGAAAACGAAACUUUUCAAAUUAGCCGAAGAAAAAUUGGAAAAAUGCGUAAAACCAAAUGGUCGUGAACUAGAUAGACAUUGUGUGGGUCGUACCACUGGUCUAGUUAUGCAAUUGAUUGCUUCUGCUGAAAAUUCCGAACGUCAUACAGCAAAUAGUUCUCAUAGAAGACAUUCUAGCAAGGACUAUUAAGUUGAUGUUAUGAAAAAUGGAAAGAUUUGAAAUUGUAUAAUCGAUUUUGCUGAUCAAUUUUUAUUCGGAGAUCGUGUUUUUCAAAUAAAGUUAUAUUUUCAAAGUAAAA